AUGGCUGGAGGAGGAAAUAUUAAGGUGGUGGUGAGGGUGCGGCCCUUUAACGGUAGAGAAAUCGACCGUGGGUCAAAAUGUAUCGUUGAGAUGAAAAACAACCAAACGGUCCUAACCCCACCACCCGAAGCCGGUCAUAAUGCGAAAGGAAAUAAGGAUACAUCCGUAAAGACGUUCGCAUUCGAUAAGUCUUAUUGGUCUUUCAAUAAAAACGACCCGAACUACGCUGGUCAGGAAAAUCUACACGAUGAUCUUGGCAAACCCCUUUUGGACAAUGCCUUCCAAGGUUAUAACAACUGUAUCUUCGCCUACGGUCAGACGGGUUCGGGUAAAUCAUACUCUAUGAUGGGAUAUGGAAAAGAUGCUGGUAUUAUACCCAACAUUUGCCAGGAUAUGUUUACGAGGAUCGAGGAUUUGCAAAAGGAUAAGACAACAAGGUGUACCGUGGAAGUAUCAUACCUCGAAAUCUACAACGAAAGGGUACGAGAUCUGUUGAACCCGUCUACGAAGGGUAACCUCAAAGUCCGAGAACAUCCCUCCACUGGUCCUUAUGUCGAAGAUCUUGCCAAGUUGGUAGUCAGUAGUUUCCAAGAGAUCGAAAACCUUAUGGACGAAGGAAACAAGGCUAGAACGGUCGCCGCGACGAACAUGAACGAAACAUCCAGUCGAAGUCACGCUGUAUUCACACUGAUGCUUACCCAAAAGAAGUAUGAUGCAGAGACGAAGAUGGAGAUGGAGAAGCAAGCGAAGAUCAGUUUAGUCGAUUUGGCUGGUUCAGAAAGAGCAACGUCGACAGGUGCUACAGGUGCCCGAUUAAAGGAGGGUGCUGAAAUCAACAGAUCCCUAUCGACACUUGGUCGUGUGAUAGCAGCCUUGGCCGAUCUCUCAACUGGGAAAAAGAAAAAGGGACCAGGAGGAACGGUUCCAUACCGAGAUAGUGUUCUAACAUGGCUUUUAAAAGACUCGUUAGGUGGUAACAGUAUGACUGCUAUGAUAGCAGCAAUCAGUCCCGCCGAUAUCAACUACGACGAAACAUUAAGUACACUGCGAUAUGCCGAUUCUGCUAAACGAAUUAAGAACCAUGCUGUCGUCAACGAAGAUGCGAAUGCCCGUAUGAUUCGGGAGUUGAAAGAGGAGUUAUCACUACUGCGAAGCAAACUUGGAGGUGGUGCUACUGGUGGCACGGGCGGUUCUGCUGUUCCGCCAGAGGAAGUCUAUGCUGAAGGUACACCUCUAGAGAAACAAAUCGUCAGCAUAACGCAAUCGGACGGCUCUGUCAAGAAGGUAUCGAAGGCAGAAAUCGCCGAGCAAUUGAGCCAGAGCGAGAAACUGUUGACCGAUCUCAACCAAACCUGGGAGCAGAAACUCCAAAAGACGGAAGAAAUCCACAAGGAGCGUGAAGCUGCCCUUGAAGAACUCGGUAUUAGUAUCGAGAAGGGCUUCGUAGGAUUGCAUACUCCAAAGAAAAUGCCCCAUUUGGUCAACCUGUCUGAUGAUCCUCUUCUCGCGGAAUGUUUGGUCUACAACCUUAAACCAGGAAAAACUACAGUGGGAAACGUAGACUCGAAUUCUGAACAUCAGGCAAACAUUCGUCUAAAUGGUACUCGAAUUCUACAUGAGCAUUGUUCCUUUGACAAUGCGGCGGACGGCACUGUUACAAUCACUCCACAUGACGGCGCAUCUAUCAUGGUUAAUGGAAAGCGCGUCGCUGAAACUACAAGGCUACACUCUGGUUAUCGAGUCAUUUUGGGCGACUUCCACAUAUUUCGAUUUAACCACCCCAUGGAGGCCCGUGCCGAGCGAGAUGAGAAUCGCCAGAGUUUACUCCGCCAAUCGGUAACAGCAAAUCAAUUACAGAGUCUGGAUCGCUCGUCACCUUCACCCCGAUUAGGACACGAACGAUCAAUAAGCAAAGCGGGUUCUGAGUUUGGUGAGAGUCGUCCGGAAUCGCCUGCGCCGUCCCGAAAUGGCCGAGAUUCGGAUUGGUCUUUUGCGCGACGAGAAGCCGCCGGCGCUAUUCUUGGAACAGAUAAAAACCUCCAAAGCUUGACCGACGAGGAACUCAAUGCGCUGUUUGAAGAUGUUCAGCGCGCCCGAGCGGAGCGUGUCAAUGAUCGCGAAAAUGACGAUGACCUGGAAUCGAAUACAUCUUAUCCUAUUAGGGAGAAGUAUAUGUCAACAGGUACCAUCGACAAUCUUUCGCUCGACACAGCACUUACUAUGCCAUCGACUCCGAGAGCUGGUGAAGCUGACGACCGCCUCAAAGAGAUUAGAGAGAACAUGCAAAACCAGUUGGAGAAGCAGAAAGAAGAAUAUCAAGGACAACUUAAGAGCGCUGGUGCAGCUAAUGUCGAGGUGGAAGAGAUCAAAAAGGAGAAGGCUAGAAUGGAAGAGACGCUCACACAGUUGAAAGCUGAUAUGCAGAAACAAUUAGAAGUCCAAAAGCAAGAAUUCCAAGCGAAGAUUGAGAAGCUCGAUCCGCUCAAGCGACCGAAAGCUAAGCCGAAGUUAUCCGAAGAGGAGCUUGAGAGGGCUAAGAAGGUCGUACAACAUUGGAGGAGCCGGCACUAUGUUCAAAUGGCCGAAGCCGUCCUGCAACAUGCAGCUACUCUCAAGGAGGCGCAAAUUAUGAGCGAGGAAUUGGGCGAGAAUGUCGUUUUCCAAUUCACCGUUGUGGAUAUCGGACAUGGCCGUUGUUCUUCCUAUGAUAUGGUGCUGAAUGAUGUGCCUGGUGAAGGUGAAGAUUUGGCGCUCGAUGAGGCGCAGAAACCAUGCGUGGGGGUCCGCGUCGUCGAUUACAAGAAUACUGUCGUCCAUCUCUGGAGUUUAGAGAAACUUCACGAUCGCGUACGGCAAAUGCGACAGAUGCAUCAAUAUCUCGACCAGCCGGAGUAUUCUCAACACUUCAAACUAGAUAAUCCUUUCGUCGAGAAUUGCAUGCCUGAAUAUUCCCUUGUUGGUGAGGUCGAUGUGCCACUUCGAGCUGUUUUCGAUAGCCGAGUCCAAGAUUUUACUCUUGACAUUUUAUCGCCUCAUACUUCUCAUGCAAUUGGGAUCAUUAAAGUUUCUCUAGAACCUUCUAGCGCUCGAGCUCCGUCAAACACGUUGAAGUACAAUGUUGUUAUGCACGAUAUGGUUGGCUUCGCUGAGCGGGAGGGGACUGAUGUCCAUGCGCAACUUUUCAUCCCGGGUGUAUCCGAAAGUGUUACGACCACCCAAAUGAUCAAAGAUUUUGACGAAGGUCCAAUAAGAUUCGACAGCGUUCACAGUAUGAGUGUUCCAUUAUUCGGUCCUCGCGAUGUUAAUUUGAGGAUCGCGAUAUUCGCGAAAGUUUCCACGAUGCACCUCGACAAGUUACUAAGCUGGGAUGAGAUGCGUGACUCCACGCCAAAUACCGAUCAUAAGUCUCAAGGUGCUCGGAUAAAUGAGGCCCAAUUCUACACCGAGGAAAAGCACGACUUGUUAGCUCGCGUGCAGAUCCUCGAACUUAGCGAGAACGGAGAAUACGUUCCGGUAGAGGUAACACAGACAAGCGAGCUAGAUACUGGCACUUUCCAGCUUCAUCAAGGUCUCCAAAGGCGCGUCGCAAUCAAUCUUACGCAUAGCUCGGGCGAUGCAUUGCCAUGGGAAGAUAUCAGUUCUAUAAAAGUUGGCAAGAUUCAACUUGUCGACCAUGCCGGCAAUAUUCCUGAUAUGGCGUCUCCUGUACCUGACAUUCCACUACGACUCAGCGCGAAACCAUCUUUCCGACAAAAUGCAAAUGGUACUCGAAGCAUGACUAUCACAGGACAAUGGGAUUCGAGUUUGCACAAUUCACUGCUAUUAGAUCGAACGACGGCAGAUAAAUACAAAGUGCAGAUGACCCUAUCUUGGGAUAUAGCUGCCGAUAACCUUGCCGAACCGAUGAAGUUCUCUACGAACGUUUACUGUCAAAUAUUAGGAAGAACGUUCGUGCGCCAAACAUCAAUGCUUUCCUCGCUUUUCCAACACGUUAGGAUCGUGCAUUCUUCCUCCGCUAUCUAUACUGUUAGUAUGCGACCAGCACCAAUUAAGCGAGUUGGCGAUCUUUGGAGAAUGAAUAGUCAACACAACUACGUGAAAGGCGAAGAAAACUUAAGUAAUUGGGGCCCUAGGGGAGUUUCACUAAUAGGCGAUUACAUUGCGGCACGAAAAAAGAAGAGACGUAUUACUGAAAUCGCCGCGGCUCAACUAUUUUUGAAGAAAAUUGGUUUACCUGAGCUAAAGGUGAAGCCCGUAGAAGAUGAAGAUCAUUCCGAUGAUGAUGUUUCUCCAGCACUAAAGGCCCGCGAUGAUGACCAAGAUUCAAUUAACGCGCUUCUCAACGAUACUCCUGAGACAUCACGACCGUCGACACCGAAGCAACCAGAAUCCCAAGCGGAAUCCACCGAUGGCGAACAAAAUGAACAGCCUUCGGAGCAAAACGGGGAGUCCGAACAAAUCGUCGAGCAGCCCCCCACACAAUCCCCCAUAUCGGAGUAUAAUGAACAUGAGGCGCUCAUCCUAAACAAAUGUCUGAAAUAUUGGUCGAGUCAUCCUGACCCUGCAGCUCGCAUCCUUGGCCCAGCGCAUACGGCGCCUCCUACAGAUGGGGUCGCUCCCGAGUCAAUUACCCCGCCGAGAUUAAUAUCCACAAUCAUUCGGGUACCUAAAAAUCCGAACGUACUAAAAGGAGGCUAUCUUCUGGUACCCAAUAAUGAUUACAGCAAAUGGGUCAAGAGAUUUGUUGAACUCCGACGACCUUAUCUCCACAUUCACAAUGUUACCGAUGGGGAUGAAGUGGCUAUUGUUAGUCUUCGCAAUUCUAGAGUCGACAGUCAGCCGGAAAUUCUAGCAUUGUUUAACGAUCACGAUGAAGAACCGGACCUACUAAGCCCACCGAAUGGCCAUGGAAAUUUCACACCAGGUCAUCGCCGAACGCCAUCCGGUCGCACAGUUUCAACCAUUUGGUCCGGAACCUCUACUAGGUCUUCAGGUCCCAGCCUUGGCGGCUUAAGCGAGCGUCUGCAGGCAGGCGUAUUUGCCGUUUACGGAACAGACAAUACGUGGCUGUUUGCAGCUCGCAACGAGCGCGAGAAAAUGGAUUGGAUUUUCCGUAUUGAUCAGAGUUAUUUUUCUGGUACUGGAAGCGCUAAUGGGAGCAUCAGCGGUAGUGGCGCUGUCAGCCCGCAACCUAGGCAUUAUCUAGAUGGCGAUUAA